UGAGAAUGCCGUGCCACAAGGGUGAAACCUGGCCCUGCGUGGGCUCAGGACGAUGAGCUGCUCACGGUUUCUCCCACAGCAGACAGACUGGACGGAGCCCUGGCUGGUGGGGCUGGCUGCCUUCCAUGUGCUGUGUCUGCUGCUCACAUGUUUCUCAUCCCAGAGGUAUAAGCUACAGAUUGGGCAUUUCCUGUGCCUGGUGACUUUAGUCUAUUGUGCUGAAUAUAUCAAUGAAUUGGCGGCCAUGAACUGGAGGUAAAGCCACUUCCUGUGCGUUUUUACUGUGUUUUAGGAGCUUCGUGCUACAGU